AGAAAGGAAUGUGCGUGAUUGCUCUCUAAACAAUGGCGAAACAGCAUUCAAAAGAUUACCCUGGAUUGAAAGCAAGAUUUUUCCAUAGUGCUGCAACAGUAGGUGAUUCUGAACUAUUUGUGUGGGCUGGUGAUCAAGCUGGUUUGCCUAAAGUACAUGACAGUCCAGAGAAGAGAAAAUUUACUAAUACUAUACAUCACUUUACUGCCUCAACUGGUCAAUGGUUUACUAGACAAACUACUGGUACUCCUCCAUUAGGAGUCACUGGUUACUCGUGUACUGCAAUAAAUGACUAUUUGUAUUAUUUUGGUGGCUAUUGCAAUCAUGACAACUGCUUUCACAACAGUAUUACACAACUGGAUACCGCUAGUCUUCAAUGGAGAGAAUUAGAACCAACCGACGCAACUAGACCAGUUAUGAGGAGAAGCUGUGGUGGGAUGUUAUUGUUUGAACAUGAUGGAGUACAUUACUUGCUAAUGAUAGGAGGAAUAGGAUCUAAACCAGCUGUACAAGUGCUGCAUAAUAAAUACAUCCAGUCUGAACUACAUGGUGGAAGAUGGCGUACUAAUGAACACUCAAUGUAUAAUUUAUCAUCAGAAAAAUGGGACAAUGUAUUUGUCAUUGGUCAGUGUAAUAUACCACCUGCUGAUGGUUUUGUUCUUGAAAAAAUCAGCAACAAAAGAGCUGUUCUUUUUGGUGGAAUUGUACAAGAUGAUAAAACUGAGGCUAUUGCUAGCAAUGAUAUGUAUUUAUUAAAUAUAGACAUAUCACUCAGCACUGUGUUUUGGCAGUGUAUAAAAAAACCUGAAGCAAUUGAUCAAUGGCCUGUGGGUAGAUACAAUCAUGCAGGUGCUAUUAUUGUAACCAAAUUUGAGUGCCCUCUGCUGGUGAUAUGUGGUGGGAUGAAUAAUGAUGAUGAUACAUUAGAUGACUGCUGGAUCUUUGAUACUGCUCAACGCACCUGGCAAAAAAUAGGAGGUAUAGAUCACUCAUUUAGUCAGAGAUGGGCUCAUUCCCUCUCAGUGUUUACAUUGAGUCCUCGUUGUUUCUGGAUCAUAAUUGUUGGAGGAGCAUUUGUUUCCAGAAAAAAAGUUACUGCAGUAACUGAUGAACUGGUUCUGUAUCCAUUCAUAACAGUAACAAAAAGCCUAGUGUUUGACAAAGAAAAAAUUAUGGUAAAAAAUAUACCAGUAGAUCUAUCAAAUAAUUGGCAGUACCAAAAUACAUAUUUUCAGCAACUCCAACAAGGAAGAUUGCAUUGGCUUGAGUAUCAGAAGCAAAAAGAGGAAGUACAAGUAUUACCCAGCAGCACAGCACAAAAAUGGGAAGGGCACAAGCUUGCAGAAUGUAAAAAAUUACUAAAACAGCAGGAACUAGAGACACAAGCUAUUAAACAACAAUUAAGGAAUGAACAAGAUCAUAGCCGUCAUUUGUCAAUAAAAAUAGAAAAAAAGGAGACAGAACAUUAUUUACAAUUACAAGAGAAAGAGCAAAAAUAUCAUCAAUUGCAAGAAAUUAAGGCAGAGAAGGAGCUAGAAAUACAAAGAAUCUGCUUUCAGUUACAGGAGAAGCUGGAGAGAGAGAAGGCAGCAAAAGAUCUAGAAAUACAAAAUUACCAUCAUCGGCUACAAGAAAAGGAGCAAGAGAUGCAAGAAUAUUACCAUCAUUUUGAUCAGUUAAAAGGGAAGGAGGCUGAAAUCCAAAGAUGUCAUUUUCAGUUGGAGGAGCAAGAGAGAGAAAAAGCCAAAGCAGACCAAAAAAUACAAAAAUAUCUUCAACAGCUACAAGAAAAGGAGAAGGAAAUACAAAAUUACAUUAAUCAAUUACAAGAGUACUGUGAUCAGUUGUUGGAGAAGGAAAGAGAAAAAGCAGAAAAAGAUAAAAAAAUACAAAAAUGCCAAUAUCAGUUACAAGAGAAGGAGAAAACUGAUGCACUUUCAAAGCAAGAAAUACAAAAAUGCCAUGAACAAUUGGAAGAAAAAGAACAAGAGAACUUAAAGAAGGAGAAAGAAAUACAAGAAAGUGAGAGAGAGAAGACAGAGACAAAGCAAAAGCAUUCUCAACAGUUGUCAGAAAAAGAAACAGAAAUUCAAAGAUGCCAUCAACAUUUAAGAAAAAAAGAAGCAGAGACGGAGCAAUAUCGCCAUCAGCUAAAAGAAAAUGAAAAGAAAUAUAUUCAACAGUUACGACAGAAGGACAAGGAACUUUCAGAGAAGCAACAGUAUCAUCAUCUUCAGUUGCAAGAGAAUGAGGCAAAAAUGAAGCAAAGAAUACAAAAUUUUGAUCACGAGUUACAAAAGCUAAAGAAGGAGCUAGAAGAUAAAGAAAAAGAGGCACAAAGGCUUAAUCAGCUGUUACUGAAGGAGCAAGAAGAAAAAGAUAAAAAAAUCCAGCAACUAUUGCAACAAAUUCAACAACAUAAGCAUCAGUUACAAGAAAAUGAUAGUAUGAUUCAAGUUCAAAAGGAAAAGGCUGAAGAAAAAGUUCAGGGGAUCAAAUUGCUUCAUUCCUCACAAACGAUGUUUGAUGAGUAUAAGGAGCAAGUACCCAUUGUGCCAUCAAAACAGAAGGAGCAACUUGAUACAAAAGCUGCUGAAAGUGUAACUAAAACUGAAGAUAAACUUAAAGGUGUACACGUUGCUGAUAAAAAGUCAUUUCUUAUUCAUGGUGGAUCUGACCCAUCAGUUAAAUGGGAGGAAUAUGGUAUAAGGAUAACAAUACCACAAGGAGCAGUGCUACCCUCUGAUACUGUACAGGUCACCAUCACUACUCUUGUAGGGGGAGACUUUAUAUUUCCUGAAGAUACUGAGCUUGUUAGUGCAGUAUAUGCUAUAAGCCUCUCCAAGCCUUUCCUUGAACCAGUUAAACUUGAGAUACAGCAUUGUGUCUCUAUAAAAAUACCAGCUCAUGGCAAUUACCUUAGUUUUUUUACCACAACUAAUAAUCUGCCACCUUAUAAUUUUAAUACAGUAGAUGGUGGAGAAUUUUCUGUUGGUAACAGAUAUGGUAGCAUAAACACUGCUAAUUUUUCUAAGUGGUCUAUUGUCAUGGAACGCAGGAGAAGAACACGUGUGCAUCCAUAUCGCAUAGAAAAAUCAUCACAUAAAAAAGAACACAAAUCUCUCUCAGUUUCAUCAUCAUCACAGUCUUCCACUAAUCUUGAAGAAUCAUCUAUGCUUCUUGAUAUUGAAGAACUGCCUGUGAUUCCUUUAUCUCCAAACAGAACAAUUGAUACAUCAGAACAGAAUCAGUUAAUGACACACAUACUAGUUGAAGAUGAAUUACCUGUUAAGCUUUACUCUGGUCAAGUAAUUUAUGAGGUUAUAAUAGCUGGAAGAGAAUGGUUGAUGAGAUUUCUACUUUGUCAAGAUCUAAAAGCACUAAUAGAGCAUAUUAAAAAAGAAUUCAAGAGUUCCAAAGAAUAUAUGGAGAUAUAUUUUCAAUUUAAAGAUUAUGAUGGAUACAUCGAGUUGUGCUUUAAUGAUAAAAAAUGUUCUAAAGGAUGGUCAGUGAGACCUUAUCAGAAGCCUUCAAAAGUAAGCCAGAAUGUUAUUGAUGACUAUGGCAGCAUGUUUCCUCCUCGAUUUCCAAAAUGUGUAUUCACAAUCACAGCCACUCCUGGUAAAGACGCAGAUAAGGAAUUAAAUUAUCCCAUCACAACGCAAGGAAUAAAAUCUGACAUUAAGGAAAUAAAUAUUGUAUUAACAAUGGGUGACUUUCAACAAAAACCUACAGGCACUAUUGCAUCACCUCCAGCAGGGCCAAGUUCCCCAACAGAAGAGAGGAAACUUAAACUAGCAGGAAAAGUAUUACGUGAUAAUUUUGACACACUUUCAGAAAUUCUGGCAGCUCCAAGUAACCUUUCAGCUGUCAUCAUGAGCUUGUAUGCUAAAGAACUGAUUACUGAUGCAAUUUCUACCGAGUGUAUGAAUACUGGCAGACCAGUUCAAGACAGGUGUGCUUCACUACUGUUUGCUCUUAAAUCAACAGUUGCUACACAAACUCAGGCAAUGUCAACUUUAAUGGAAGUACUGAAGGAAAAGGAAGCAUUCAAAGAUAUUGCUGAAAAGAUGGACUUGCAAAUGUCACUGAAUCUUUAUACAACCCAUUAGUUGCCAUUUUUUGCACACUAUAGGAUUCAUAGAACAAAAACCUAUGGCAUUAAUGUUUAUGUAGGUAAUUGAUUUAGGUGAAGUUACUGCAUUGUCUUAUAAUGCUCAUAUUAUUGUAUUGACUGGAUAAUUUUGACACCUAUAUAUAAUUGUUGAAAUAAAACCAUGCAAACUGCAUAAAUUUUAAAUUUAAUUUUGCUAGUUAUUUAAUUCAACUCAAUAUUAUCUAGUUUGUCUGGUGAAGUUCCUAUUCUUUCUUCAGUCGUAUUUUUGUUGCAUCUUUUCCCCACAAAGAAACCAAA